UAUUGUAAAAAGUAAAUGUAAGUGUAAAAACGUGUGUGAUUUUUAGCCAACUAGUAUGAAUGGCGAUGAUUACAUUCACUACAGGCUUGUAUGGCUAUUUUCUCAAUAGUUAGGCCUACUAGUGAAACUGCAAAAUAUAAUGUUGGGUUUCUAAUCCCAAGGACUAGUAACAUAACCACAGACGCUAGUUAAUUUAAAGCAAUAAUUGUUAAAACGGCUUGCCAUAAGGGGCCAACCUCUCCGCACUGAGAUCCAUAAAUGUUUAUGUCCUAUAAUCAUCUGUAACUUGUACUGUGGUGAAGGCUGCUGGAGCGGGUCUCUUCUUUCAGUGUCACCUCACAGUGAACAUAAACCUCAGUCAGACCUCAACAUGGGAGGGGUGUCAGUCGUGUCGUUGGACUUUUAGAAGUUUAUAUGAUGUUGUUUUGUUCUGUCUAAUAAUUUUCGUUGUUUCUUCUUCCGUACUUACAUUUGUAAAUAUUUUGAGGCGGGAAGGCGUACACUUUCCCUGUGUGCCCGGGGACAGCGAUGAUGGGACAGUUGUGCUGGAUGUUCAGUCAAUGACAGGAUGGAUAUCAGCGGGUUCCUCUCUCUUGCUGCUGUCCUUCGCUUCUCUGUCGGUGUCUACGGCGAGGUAGGACAAAGUGCUGUGUACCUGAAUACACUGCAGAGCUCAGGUCCUCUGUCCUGCUCUGAGGGCUUCACUGAGCUGGGAUAUUACAAUGGAUCUGUGUCUCAGACAGAAUCUGGCUCUUCCUGUCUAAAAUGGACUGACUUUCCAGACUACAUGCUGCAGUACCCCAACCGUGGACUGGGAGACCACAACCACUGUAGAAACCCUGACCGUGAAUCCAACCCCUGGUGCUUUUUCAGACAGAAGUCAGGAGCCAUCGGAUGGGCCUACUGCGACUGCCACCAGGGUGAGGGGCGUUUGGUGGGGGGUUCGUCUAAUAAGAGUGGUCGUCUUGAGGUGUACCUGAAUGGCCGCUGGGGAGCAGUGUGUGACACACACCUGACUGAUCGAGAUGCCAGUGUGAUCUGUAGACAACUGAGGCUCGGUGAAAUCGGCACUGCGCUUCGCCAUUCCUAUUUCGGACCCGGUUCUGGUCUCUUUCACUUUGAGCGUCUUGGCUGCCAUGGCAAUGAAGAUUCUCUGCUGAAGUGCCGGAGCAGGAAAUAUGUCUCCGGUGACUGUAACCAUGGAAAUGAGGCUGGGGUGGUGUGUGCAGUCCCUGAGGGCAAUGGUGCCCCCCUGAGGCUCGUGGGAGGGCUUGAGGAUUUCGAAGGGCGCGUGGAGGUGUACCAUAACGGGAGGUGGGGUACUAUCUGUGAUGAUGAAUGGGAUGAUAUUGAUGCUGAAGUGGUUUGCCGACAGUUGGGACUGGGUGGGGUACCAAAGGCAUGGACCUGGGCACACUUUGGGCAGGGCACUGGGCCUAUCAUGUUGGAUGGAGUGCAUUGCACAGGAAAUGAGCUGUCUUUGGAGGAAUGCCCUCAUGCUCCCUGGGGCCAGCACAACUGUGAUCACUUGGAGGACGCUGGAGUCUCGUGCAACCCGUUUACAGAUGGAGUGUUGCGUCUAGUAGGAGCUGAUAGCCCAUGGGAAGGACGCCUUGAGGUUUAUCACGCCGGGGAAUGGGGCACAGUGUGUGAUGACAACUGGAACGGACGACAGGCCCAGGUGGUGUGUCGACAGCUGGGUUAUCGAGGGCGAGCUGAGGUGGCUCCAGAUGGGAUGUACGGAGAGGGUACAGGGUUGAUCCUGCUGGAUGAGGUGACAUGUGAAGGGGGAGAGAGCUCUCUGCUGGACUGUGCUCAUGGUCAGUGGGGACAGCAUGACUGCUCUCACAGUGAGGAUGUGGGCAUACGCUGUGAAAGAGAAGGGCAGAACAAUGAGAUCCCUGAAGUGGCUCCUGCCACAGGUCCCCUGGUGAGGCUGGUGGAUGGCGAGAGCCGUAAGGAGGGCCGCGUAGAGGUGUUUAUUAACGGCCAGUGGGGCAGUGUGUGUGAUGAUGGUUGGAAUGACAUCAACGCUGGAGUGGUCUGCAGGCAGCUAGGAUUUGUCGGGGUCCCGAAGGCCCGCUCUAUGGCUUAUUUCGGUGAGGGUCAGGGACCCAUCCAUCUGGAUAAUGUGAAGUGUGUUGGGACAGAGGCUUCAUUGGGUGAGUGUUCAGCUGUGGGUCCGGACGCCCAUGAUUGCAGGCACAGUGAGGACGCAGGAGUCAUCUGUGACUACACCACCGAACCCAUAAAGUACCGAAGCAUGAACAAGCAGGAAUGUGGUUUGAGACCCAACACACAAAGGCGCAGAAGAAGGAUCAUUGGAGGAGACAAGUCUCUACGGGGAGACUGGCCGUGGCAAGUAUCUUUGUGGCUUAGGUCUCAAUCGAAAGGCACCCAUCCACUUUGUGGGGCGACUCUGAUCAAUUCCUGUUGGGUCAUUACUGCUGCUCACUGCUUCAAGAGGUUUGGUUCGGACCCGUCCCGUUAUGUGCUGCGGCUCGGCGACUACCACACAGAGGAGAGGGACGACUUUGAGCGCACUCUCUCUCCUGAGCGCAUCGUGAUCCACGGGAAGUACCACAGCCAGGGCUGGGAGUAUGACAUUGCCUUACUGAAGCUGAAGGGCACGGAGGGGAAUUGUGUGGCCUUUAACCCACACACUAAUGCAGUUUGCCUUCCGCCUCAGAGCAACAGGAAGAGCAAGAGGCCUAUCGCCUGUGUUAUCACCGGAUGGGGAAUCACAGACUCGGAGUAUUCCAGAACACUGCUGCAAGCCUGGGUUCCGUUACUGCCCUCCUGGAAGUGUAAAAAACGCUACGGCAGUCGCUUCACCGGCCGCAUGUUGUGUGCCGGCAGCUUGUCGAACCAUCGCCGUGUGGACAGCUGUCAGGGUGACAGUGGGGGGCCACUGGUGUGCCAGGGUGAGGCUGGCCACUGGAUGCUCACAGGAAUCAUCUCCUGGGGCCACGGUUGUGGUGACCCCACCUAUCCCGGUGUGUACACACGGGUCGGCCGGUUCCUGAAGUGGAUAGAGAAAGUCACCCACAGCACUGGCAAAGCGUGAUGUUAACGUGGCAACAUUACAACCUCUUACCGCUUUGUAUAAAAUAUAUCUUAUGUAAUGCCUAUGAAGGGAUCACCAGCUGGCCAUUAGGUUUAAAGCUGGUUUGAUCCUGUUUUGUGUGUUGCACCAUGCCAUACUUGCACCAUGCCAUUUCCGUUCCAUUUCUGUACACUUGAAGCGUUCGUGAAUAUGCACAAGAACAUGAAGCCACAUGCUUUUGAGGGACAGCUGCAUUAACGGGAUUGAAAGGUCUUCAACGGAUAAGCCUUUGCAAAUAAGUCAUUUUGCACUAAUCUGCAUGCCAUAUAAUUGGAGCAACUGUGGGAGGUCUGAGUUCUGGUCUGGCUCUUCUGGAUCAUGUUCUUAAAUCAGUUCACAUUUUGCACUUAAACGUGUUAUUUUAUUUUUAGUUUUGUGAUUUAAUUAAGAUAAGGAACGGCAUGCUUGUAUGUAAAGAUUCACCAACAACAUUCCACUUGUAUGUUGGUUAUUUGUACUCUUGUUUUAGAUGAAUAGGGUACGACUACCGUUUAUUGAGCUUUUAAUUUAAUUUUGCAGAAAACCUGUGUCAGAAAAUAGUAUGUUCAAUUUAUUUAUACAUAUAAAAAUGGCCACUUUUUCCUCAAGCUCCUACCCAACAGAUAAUGUGAUAAUAUCAGUGAUAUGAAGUAUUGGCUGGAUACUAUGGAGUCUCUAUAGGGAGAUUUGGUGAUAGACAAUAUAUGAAAGGCCAAAUUAUAUAUCAUUGCUUUAGGCUUGACUUCCCUUUGAAACUUUGCAUGUUCUUGCCAAACAUUUUUUUUUUUUUUUUUGCAUAGUUUGUUUCCUUGUUAAACUUUGCAUUUGCUUGCUGAACGUUUGUGUUUCUUGCAAAAUUCUUAUGUUGCCCAAGAUACUUUGCAUUUUGUGAGUGAACAUAAAACUGUUCUUGGAAAUAUUGUGAUGGAGGGAAAACUAUAGUUUAAAUUUUUUAGCAAGCAAAUGCUAAGUUUCGUGGGGGAAGACAAUUUUUGUGAAAGAAUGCAGACGUUUUGCAUUGAAAUAUUUUUCAGAAUUUUCCCCCCCAUCAUUGUGUUCCUAGUUAAUAGUGGGAAUUGGCCCUUUAACUAAAGUGUUCCAACUUGAACUACGCACAGUUACUUCACACAUGGUCAGAAUCUGCUGCUGAGUGAUGUUAUGUUACAUUUGCUUCCUGCAGUGUUCAGCCUUUUCUGUAGACAGGUGUUUAUUCAGGUUUACUGUGUACUAGGGGUGUAACGAUACGCGUAUUCGUAUUGAACCGUUCGGUACGACGCUUUCGGUUCGGUACGCGGUACGCAUUAUGCAUACCGAACGGUUCGUUGGACUAAUUAAUUAUAUUUGAAAAAAAAAAAGAGAAAUAUAAUGAUAUGCGUUCAACAAGGUAGCCCAAUAACCCAAACGACGUAACAGGCAACGCCCCUGACACUCCCGAAGAAGAAAAAAACACCAACUUAUGUUUAUGUUAUGUUAUGACUCAGUCAGGCGCUCGCUCACUCAGUACGCGCUGAAGGCUCGUUGCAAAAUGGCCAAUGCGUUUAACAGACUAGAAAAAGAAGAUGACUCUCAAACAUAUUGUUUGAGAUGCAUGAUUCCAUCUAUGAGCUGCUCGAUCAGAGUGACAUGAGAGCCCCUCCUUAGAACAUUAUUUGUAAAUCCAUGUUAUGGUAAGUGUGCACGUGAAGUCUUUGCACACUUUCUGAAAUCCACACUGUGGUAAGUUUGCACACUACACUAGUGCUCUGCAUUCUUUCUAAAAUCCUAUAUAGUGAGGGCUUCGCGCGGUUGCUUCAUUGCUUUAAAAAAAAAAAAAACACCAGCGUGAAUACUUGAAACAUGUCAACUCAUUUACGCCGACAUCACCUUAUUGUGUCAGUAUCUGGGAAAAGACGAAAAAAAGGAGAAACAUGCACGCAACAAACUAUCCCUGCAGCAUUUAGACACCAGUAUUAUAGCUUACAGGGAAUCCAAAGUGCACCCAAACACCAGACCUGUUGGUUAUUUUAGGAUCUUAUAUUUCUGGUCUGUUAAAUGCAUUAGACAUUUUGCAAUGAGCCUUCAGCGCGUGCUGAGUGAGCGAGCGCCUUAGGGUCCGUUCACAUAUCGCUCCUAAAAACGCGUGGAAAACGCUAAGCGCGUCUUUCUCCUCCUUUCCAAAGCGCUCGGGCAGAAGCGCUCAUGAGGCGUCUGUCUUUGCUAAGCAACAAUGACGUGCUCUCUCCAUGAGACGCGGAAAUUUCAGCGAAGGAUAAAUGGAUUUGCAGCUCUAAAAAUCGCUUGCAGUAGCUCUGCUACUAAAUUUAUUUCAAAAUUGCAAUCCAUAUACAACUAUAAUCAGCUGUUCCUUCAUCUUGGCUGAGUUUUCAACGUUGUUACGGGAAAGGAUGAAGCUGAUUGGUUAGUUCUUGUCACAUGACCCGCGGUGCGCUUGCGGCAUUCUGAAAAGUUGAGAUGUUUUUGCAUUUUGCUGUAUCUAAAACGUAUCGAACCGAACCGAACCGAACCGUGACAUCAGUGUAUCGUAUCGAACCGAACCGUGAAUUUUGUGAACCGUUACACCCCUACUGUGUACUGUAUUUAUUUACAUAACAAGAAGAGUAGGCUUAUAAAAUCAAUGUUUUUAUUUUAUUUUGUAUUAAUGAAUUGAGGUAUAACAGUGGUGCUGUUUUGUUCCAGUUGGUUUCCCAAUAGAGAAAAACUGAAAUUAGCCAUAGACUGCUAGAAGGAGAAGAUGACUUUAAUAAUUAGUCAUGUUUACACAAUUACAAUUCCAUGUAGUAAAAAUGCUUCAAAAUAUGUAGACGCUUUGGUCCUUAAUAUUCUAUUAACAGUUUGUUAUUAAUCAAUCCCAAACAGAAACCUUGAUGUAAUUAUGUAAAAAAUGUAAAGGCUGCUAAUAUGCCAUAUUUAGCCGUGGUUAAAAACUGGUUUAGCAAAACUGUGAAUAUUCAGAUGUUUAGACACCAAGAUGGAAAAAUUAGAUAAACUGAUUUGAAUGCA